AUGACCCCAAUCUGCUACGAUGAUGAGCACCCAGUCCCAAGCAGAGACAUCUGUAUGAUGAGGCGCGUUAUCAGAGAUAACAGAGAGCGCGGAUAUUCACCUAGAUUCACAAUUGGAAUUUGGCCUGAUGUUUGCGAUGGCGAAGAGAGGAAUAUUUCACCUUACGUCGGCCAAGUCGAGUACUUCUUCAACUCAUCGUUUGUCUACGAACUCCCAAUUAUAGCAGAAGCUGGUAAGGAAAUCUUCGAAAAAGCUCUCGAGCCAGAGGAGAAAGAGGACAAAACAGCAGCAAAGACGGCUUUCGUAAACUGUGAAGUACGAAGAAUACACAGGCUCCUCACAAUGUCUGGACAUAUGUAUAUGAAGGCGAUCAGAAGAGGCUCCGGUAUGGAUGAAUUUGUUGGUGAGAAAUUUGUUGAAGAUACAAAACAAUAA